AUUUUCAUAUCAUUCUUUACGUUUGCGCGGCAACAAACGCUGUCACUCGAAGAAUAAAUGUUAAAAUUGUGUGUGAAAUAAGUGUUUUAGUGCUCAAAUAUUUGUCACAAUAAGAUGCCAAAACGUAAGAAAGAUGACACUAAGAAAAUCGACAAGUAUUUGCGAAAAAUACAACGUUUAAAAGAAAAGCACCGGCGACGGGAACAUCGUUCAAGAUCGCCGUCUGUGUCGCCGUCAUACAUUGAGCCAGAUGACUCUGAUGCGAAUUAUCAUUCAGAUGCAGAUACGAUCCCUAGCAAAAGGGGAGAGCAACAGCCAGAAAUGGACGUCAAUCAAGCCGAGGGCGUACAACAAGAAAAUGAUAUGCCUACCGAAGUGGAUAUGGCAGAAGUCACUCUUGACAGUGACACUUUACAAGCUCUCGGAAAACCGUUAAAGGAGAAACUAAAGUAUGGGCCAAAUAUAAAUGGCGAUUUGUCAAAACUCUGGUCACCCAUUUUGAAAAAUGGAUUGGGUGAUUAUAAGGAAAGACAACAAUUAUUAGAAAAAUAUAUGGUUCCAAGCAAUUGUGUGCUUCUUCAAGCCCCAAAAUUAAACCCAGAAAUUUUGGCCACAAUUUCUGAAAAACAGAAAAACCGGGAUAAAAAGAUUGGCGAGGAACAACAACAAUUAGGACACGGGAUAACAGCCCUGAACAGGGCACUGUCCCUUCUAGCAACCAAUACAGGAGAUAGAGCCACCAUCAUAAACACGCUUAGCGAGGCGUCUCAGAUUCUAAGUGAUCUACAUCAUAAUCAGACACAAUCAAGAAAAAACUAAUUACUCCGAUUUUAGAUAAAAAAUUUCUGGAUCUAAUUAAAGACGCUGAACGGGAUGAAUACCUGUAUGGAAGCGACCUGUCAGAUAAAAUAAAGGCCUUAAAGUAUGCUCAAAAAAGUUCACAUUCGAUAAAGAAAACAUAUAAAAAACCUGCAUAUAAUCAGGAAAACUACAGGGGGGCCCCUCGUUACCAACAGAAACCAUACAACAGGAGCGGGCCCAAACGCCAAACAUACAAGAGCUCCCACUACAAGAACCACUACAAGACCCACUCAUACAAUCAGACGAAGAAAUCCAAACCGGAAGAAAAACCUGCACGGAAAUAACGGUAUGUCAUGGUGGUAGAUUAUUACAUUUUUUUAAAUGCUGGAAGCAGAUCACUAACGAUAAGGCUAUACUAUCACAUAUUCAAAAUGGGUAUCAUAUACCUUUUGAAUGUUUACCAUUUCAAGCGUGCCUUCCACCAGCAUAUCAACCUAGUACAAAACUAGAGAGUCAAGAUAUGGACGCUGCAAUAGCCAAGCUUCUGGACUUAGGUGCCAUAUCAGUUUGUGAACCAAUACCCGAUCAGUUUUUAUCUUCAGUUUUUCUAAUCCCAAAACCUAAUGGCAGCACAAGGUUUAUACUAAAUUUAAAGAAUUUAAAUAAAUUCAUAUCAAUAGCCCACUUUAAAAUGGAAGACCAUAGGACUGCGGCUGCAAUGAUUAAUAAGAACAAUUACUUAGCAAAAAUAGAUCUUAAGGAAUCUUAUUUACUUGUGCCUGUUUACAAAAACGAUAGAAAAUACCUGCGUUUUUUGUACAAUAGCCAGUUGUAUGAAUUUUUAGCAUUGCCUUAUGGUCUUUCUGUAGCUCCUUACAUUUUUACAAAAAUAAUGAGGGUUGUUGUAGCACAUUUACGAGAAAAAGGCUAUAAAAAUAUAAUUUAUCUUGAUGAUAUACUAUGUAUAGGUUCCAAUUAUAAAGAAUGUUUAGAAAAUGUAAAUCAAACUGUAUCACUUUUACAAUGUUUGGGUUUUGUAAUAAACUUUGAUAAAAGUGUCUUAGAACCUUCAAAAACAUGUAGUUUUUUAGGUUUUGUAUACAAUACAGACAGCAUGACAAUGGAAUUACCUUUAGAGAAAAGAAAUCAUAUUUAUAAACAAGUUCAAAAAUUUCUUAACUUUAACAAGUGCGUGAUAAGAGAUUUGGCUCAGUUGUUAGGAUUGCUUGUGUCGGCUUGUCCAGCCACUCAAUAUGGAUGGGUAUAUACUAAAUAUUUAGAAAGACAAAAAUAUCUAGCCUUAUUACAACAUCAGAAUAAUUAUGAUAAUUCUACAGCCUUACAUCCAGAUACAAAGUUAGAUCUUAAAUGGUGGGCAGAAAAUAUAUUUAAAACAUCUAGAUCCUUUCAGUCUCAUAUGUAUGACCUAGAAAUUUAUACAGACGCCUCCCGGACGGGUUGGGGAGCGGUGACAAAUAAUAUAAGAAUAAAUGGAGCAUGGAAGCAAGACGAGCUUGACUUCCAUAUUAACUACUUGGAGUUAUUAGCUAUAUUCUUAGCUUUAAAAGCUUUUGUUAAAAAUAGACACCAUUUAUAUAUUUUACUGAGAGUAGAUAAUAAAACUGCAAUUUCUUACAUUAACCGUAUGGGCGGAGUUCAAUUUCCGCAUCUAAAUAAGCUCGCUAGGUGUAUUUGGGAAUGGUGUGAAGAGCGAAAUCUGUGGUUAUUUGCUUCUUACAUUAAAUCUUCAGAGAAUGUAGAGGCUGAUAUAGAAUCUAGAAGAACUAAUACUGACACAGAGUGGGAAUUAAGUAAUAAUGUGUUUGAAACUAUCAAAGAGCAGUUAGGAGUUCCAGAUAUUGAUCUUUUUGCAAACCGUGCUAAUGCCAAGUGCCCUGUAUACAUUGCAUGGAAACCAGACCCAGAUGCAACAAAUAUCGACGCAUUCACAGUAAAAUGGUCAAACCAUUUUUUCUAUGCCUUUCCGCCAUUCAGUUUAAUAUUAAAAUGUUUACAAAAAAUUAAUCAUGAAAAAGCCACAGGCAUUAUGGUCAUGCCUUAUUGGCCAUCACAGCCAUGGUUCCCAAUAAUGCGCCAAAUGCUCAAAUCCAAAUUGUUGUUUUUUGGGCCAGAUAAAUAUCUUCUAUUCUCCCCUUUCAGGAGCUGUCACCCCUUGCAUCAACAGCUUAUCCUGGUGGCAGGAAUCUUGUCAGGCAAGCCAUGAUAAGACAAGCAGUUCCAACAGCCUCGUUAGAUACUAUGCUAGCAUCAUUAUCUAAUAACACAUUGAAGCAGUAUGAGGUCACUUUUAAAAUUUGGUGGCAUUAUUGUCAAGAGAACCGGAUGGAUGCAUUAUGCUCAUCCGUUCCAAAAAUAAUGCAAUUUUUAUCAAUUCAGUUCAACAAAGGCGCGUCUUACGGAACGCUUAAUUCACAUAAAUCUGCUCUUUCGUUAAUCAUUGGUAGUCGGAUAGGUAAAGAUGAACGGAUAAAACGACUUCUUAAAGGCUUUUAUAAGUCAAAACCACCAAUGCCUCGAUAUAAAGCCACUUGGAAUCCAAGCAUUGUUUUAAAUACUUUAAAGACUUGGCACCCAUGCUCCUCUUUAAGCUUGGAAACUUUGACCAAAAAAGUAGUUACCUUAAUAGCAUUAUGUACAGCCCAAAGAGUUCAAACGCUUUCAUUAAUGAAAAUAAGUAAUAUUACUUGCCUUGAAUCCGGAAUACACAUAAAUAUUACAGAUUUAAUAAAAACAUCUGCUCCAGAUCGUCCUCAACCUGUAUUAGCUUUACCUUUUUAUAAGGAGACAGAAAUUUGCCCUGCUGCUUCAUUACAAUAUUACAUCAAUUAUACUAAAGACAUUAGAAACACAAUCGACAAUUUGUUUAUUACAACAAAACGACCAUAUAAAGCGGCUACCCCAUCCACGUUAAGUCGCUGGAUUAAAACUACGCUAAAAAACUCGGGAAUUGAUACCAAUAUUUUCAAGAGUCACUCGGUUCGACAUGCUUCGACAUCUUCAGCUAGCAUUAAAGGUGUAUCUAUAGAUAUUAUUAGAAAUACUGCAGGCUGGACAGGGUCAUCACAAACAUUUGCAAAAUUUUAUAACAGGCCUAUUGUUAGAGACCCAAACAAUUUUGCAAAUACUAUCUUAUCGUUGUAGCCAAUAGUAUAGAUUCUGGACUGUAGUCGUUAGACAUGUAUAAGUAUUUCAGGAAAAUUAUUUGUUUUUUGGUUUGAUAGUUUAUAUUAACUGCAAGAGAGCAGAAUAAGCGUUAUUAACAAAUGUUAAACGUUAUAAUUAUGUGCUUGUUUGUACAAGUUACAUUAAUAGUGGUUAUUUUCUUUUAAGUUUAGUUGCAGAAGAGCAGUAUAUUUUAUUUUGUUACCAAUUGUUAAACACCAGUUAAACAUGUGUUUAAAUAUAAAUUUAUCUAAUGAAAAUAAAACGACUGAUUAAUACUAAUAAUAUGUUUAAUUAUAGGAGGAACAAUUAAACCAUUAAGUCCCAUCAACAAUACACAACUCCCAUCAGCUUUAAACAUCUACAUGGUAAAUUAUAUAUCGAGAACGAAGCACUGAAGUAUAAUAAAUGAUCAAACAAACUUACCUUAAGUGAUGUUCGAUCAUUAUUAUAUGAAGUGCUUCGUUCGAAGAUAUAUACCCACCCGACCCAAACCAAUAAAGUUAGGUCCUUUACUGGUUACCCUCUGGGAGUUGUGAGGAUAUUAGCUCUAAAAGAAUGAUAUGAAAAUAAGGUUGUCUAUGGAGCUAGAUUGUGCAUAGACAAGAAAUAUUUUUUUUCAGCUUUGGAAUCUAGCUCUAAAAAUGCGUUAAGUUGCCUAGUAACAUAAAGAUACUACAUGGUAAAUUAUAUAUCUUCGAACGAAGCACUUCAUAUAAUAAUGAUCGAACAUCACUUAA